GCCCGGCGCGCGCGCACGUGACUGACGCGCACAUCUCCUCAACUGACCAAGUUUCCGAUGAAAAACUAGUGAUAACUGGAAAAUUAGGACACGAACCAUCAUACAAGAACCUAUAAGUGAUUUUUUUGCAAAGUGAUUAUUUUCAUCUGUGUUGACAAUGGAAUACCAUCAUCGUCAUAUGGAGCAGCCAGGUCCUCAGCUGCAAGGCCAGGGGGCCCAGUGGGGGUACGGCUGGGGCCCACCAGCGCCGGCCCCGGCCCCACCUGCGCCGGCGCAGCGGAACAAGAGAACGCACUCCGAGAGUGAAGACGAUGCCUUUUCUGAGGAAAGCAGUAAGGAUGCGACGUCUCCCGGCGGCGACUCCUGCCAACUGAUGACUCGCAAGCGACGCCGCGGCGUGAUCGAGAAGAAGCGACGCGACCGCAUCAACACCUCACUGACGGAACUCAAGCGGCUGGUACCAGCAGCCUGCGAGAAGCAGGGCAGUGCCAAGCUCGAGAAGGCCGAGAUACUGCAGCUCACUGUGGAUCACUUGAAGAUGCUGCAUGCUAAAGGACUGGACACUUUCGCGUACGACCCUCAGAGAUACGCGAUGGAUUACCAUAGUAUUGGAUUCCGGGAGUGCGCAGCAGAGGUGGCGAGGUACCUCGUCAGCUGCGAAGGUCUCGACAUCCAGGAUCCUUUAAGACUACGGCUCAUGAGCCACCUCCAAUGCUUCGCUGCUCAAAGAGAACUAGCGGCGAAGUCUGCGAACUGGGGCUACCCUCAAUACCCAGCGACGCCUGUACCUCAGCCGCAACACGGCUACACGGAGUUGGGUGCACCUCGGCAGGACAUACCUGUGACGUCAGCAGCGACGACGGUGGCUGCACCGACAGCCAUGUCAGCGAUCGCCGCGCCCCUCACCGCAGCUCCAAGCUAUCCUCACUACCCCGCCCCUCCCGCGCCGCCGGGGCCCCCCGGGCCUCACCCAGCGCCACCAGCCCCCCACUACCCCACACCCUAUCCCCACCAUCCUCCUCACCACCAGUACUCACAGAACAGUUCGAAGCCCUACAGACCGUGGGGUGCUGAACUAGCCUAUUAAGUCUUACUACUUAUACAUAUCAGAAUUAUUGUCUUGUGGCUUGGCGACACGGAAAUACGGAAGGAAAAAUAUAACUCAUUAUGUAAUAAAAAAUCUAUUGAAAAACAUUUGGAGGGCACUUCAACGUCCAAUGCCUUUCAACUUCUAAUGUUUUGACCCCAUUGUUUCAAAGGAGCGUUGGACGUUCAAUGGGGUCGGAUUCGGUCCUCUCUGCAUAAGAUGACGUGUUCCUUGUCGCCUAGCCAUAGGAUGCUGUUGUAUCGAUCUCAGAGUUUAAAAAUAUCUAAAUUAUAUUUUUGGAGACUGUACUGUUGUAAAAUAUAGUUUUAUAUAAAGUAAUAUUUUGUAAGUUGUGUGAUAGCUAUAUAUUAUAUUGUAUAAGUUUAUCGAAAGUCACUAGAUGUAUUUCGGGACCAAAAAACUGAGCUUUAAAUAUCGUCGAAUUAUGUUGUCAUAACAUGAAUUUUCAUCACUUUGAUGUUAACGUUAAAAGAAAUUCUAUUUGAUCAUCAAUGGAAUUUACUUUGAUAUUCUACAAAAUAAUUGUAAGGAACGAAAUGGUUGUGAGAUUACCAAUAAUAAUUGCUUUACUUAUAGUAACAAACUGUGUUUGAUGAAUAGCUUAUUGGCUAAAGGAUAGAAAUCCGACAUUGUAAACCAAUUGAAAAUAAUUGUACAAUCAAACAUCACAAUUGUAAAUAUUUCCAUGUAAAUACCGUCGCUUAAAGACAAAAAGAAAAUUAAAUUAUUUUCA